CAAAAACACUGUAGUAGAUUUAAGCCAUGCAUACACCUAUGAGGUCUGGAACGUCCACUCUGACACUCCUUAUAAAUCCGACUCGAAGUCAGGAAACCUUCACAGGACACCUUCUCCUGUCAUAGUCCACUCCAGCUCCGGGCUGCCAACUAGCUCUCUUUAGCCACACACAUCCCAUUCGAUUGCGAAGGAGCAUUCGGAGACAACCCUUUGGAGGACUUUUUGUCAUUGGUUUGUUUGGCGUAGCUGAUCUUAUUUUAACUUCAUGGCGCUGCGACAGAGCUCCGAAAUAGAACCUCUCAUCGAGCUGUUCAUCAAGGCGGGACAUGAUGGGGAGAAUGUGGGGAACUGUCCAUUCUGCCAAAGACUCUUCAUGGUUCUGUGGCUGAAAGGAGUCAAGUUCACAGUGACCACAGUCGAUAUGAGGAAGAAACCAGCAGAGCUCAAGGAUCUGGCUCCUGGAACCAACCCCCCUUUCCUCCUGUAUAAUGGCACGCUCCAAACGGACUUCAUUAAGAUCGAGGAGUUUCUAGAACAAACAUUGGCCCCACCCAGGUACCCUCACCUGAGCCCUCUCAACAAAGAAUCCUUUGAUGUCGGUGCUGAUAUUUUUGCAAAGUUCUCUGCUUACAUCAAGAACAGUCCAAAUAAUGCCUUCCAUGAAAAAAAUCUUCUACGGGAGUUCAAGCGUCUGGAUGACUACCUGAUAUCCCCGCUUCCUCAAGAGAUCGACCACAACUCCAGACAAAAUAUCGUCAUUUCCAAGAGGAAGUUCAUCGAUGGAAAUCACCUCACUCUGGCGGACUGCAACCUGCUGCCCAGACUGCAUGUGAUCAAGAUCGCUGCCAAGAAGUAUUGCAACUUUGACAUCCCAGCCCAGUUCGUAGGCGUGUGGCAGUACCUUCAGAACGCCUCAGAAAGAGAGGAAUUCAGCCAGACUUGUCCGGCCGACAUUGAAAUCGAGAAGGCUUACUUCAGUGUGGCCAACAAAAGGAAAUAAAGUCCUUUGUUUUCCCUCAUCUAAAUAAUGUGUGUGGGGAUCCAUUGGCAGCAGUCCAAAGACACUAAGAAAAACUUACAAAAAUAUAUUUAAUUUGCGCCAAGAUUCUAGCUUACAACCCCAAAUGAUACCAUACAAUGGAGAACUGAUCUGAUUAUAUUGCAUUUGUGUCUGUGUAAUAAUUCCCACAGAAAAGUAUGUAUGUAAUUGAAUGAUUAUCUAAUUUAGCAUUUAGCUCUUUGUGUCUAUAUUGUAAAUAAACAGAUAUAACAUAAUUAUUGUUGACAAUGACAAUUCUAGUGUAAUUCAAAUCAAAAACAGUUUGAUUACAGUUCCAUAGCAAUGAUUUUUAUAGUUAAAGUUCAACGAAUAAAUAUAUUUUGUAUGAAAUAAUUGUUAUUAAUGUUUUGAUUUGUGCCGCUCUGUGUAGGCGUGUGUGUUUGUGUUAUCCUAUGCAUGAGCAGCAAUUUAGAUAAUAAAUUAAAUAUUUGAAAAUGUAAAAAAGAAAGAGCCUCUCAACUCAUACAAAUGCAUUAGCAUGAAUUGGAAUACUAAUAUAGUCACUAUUAUGCCAACCCUAAAGACGUAUUUUCUUCUUUCAAUUUUAACAUUUACCACGACAUUUUUAUUUAAAGUCUGUGUAAAUAUGUAUGAUCAUUAACGACAAAAUGACACUGAAAUGGGAGAUAGAGAAGAGAGAUUGGGAGAGAGAUAAUUAGGGAACAUAUUGGCAAUAACGUUUUUUUUAUUGAAAUGAAUAAAUUCAACAGAAGUUUAUUUUUGAAUAUUUUUAAAAAUAUAUAUUUGAAUACAUAUUUGUUAUGUACUUGGCAAUAUGUAUAAACAAUAUUUUGUGUCCAAGAUUAUAAUGUUCAGUUUUCAACACAAGAAUAUGAUGCGGACGAGAACUUUUGAUCGUCAUGGAAACAUCCUAGUUGGUCACACAAUAUUUCCAGAAGCAGGCUGUCAAGGUAACAAGAAAAAUAAAAUUAGUUGCAAGAACAGAAACGGAUUUGAAUACUAAUAUAGUAAUAAGAAUAUAGAAUAUUGAAACGGAUUUGAAUACUAAUACGCAUGACAACUCGUUGUCAUGAGUCCUACUGUAUUAUUGGAAAAAAUAUUUACCACACGAGUCACACGUGUGUCAUUCAUUUACAACCUCAGCCACCCCUGAGAUGAACUACAGUUACUUAGCUGACUCCAAGUUGACCCCUAAGAGCUAUAAACCUCUCUAUACCUGGUUGAACUCAUCCUUACAGGAGAAGACAGGGAGGGCUUUAUGACGGUAGCAAGGAAGAAGGAGCCCUGUUCAUUCCUCCCCUCACUUUGCUAACUUACAUGGUAAGGUUAACGAAGUAAUGCUUGAGUCAAUCACUGCCUGUGUUAUGAAUGCAUUCAACAAUCAACUAUGGUGGUAAUGUUGUAAACUGUUUGGAUAUAUGCUAGAAGAGAUUUUCAUUACGAUCAUAGAAAUUAGGGGAGGGGCCUAAUUUCUAGGCCCAAUGCAGAGGGCGUUGUGAUUGGCCGGUGUAUGUAGGAGGAAUUCCACAGACUUUGGGAAUAUAACUUGAAGCCAAACCCCAAAACAGGAGUUCUUUGCAAACCAAGUCAGGUUUUUUGUUACUUGUGACAAGUG